AUGGAAGAAGAAGACCAGCAAAAGAUCCUAGAUCUAGUAAAAGAACUAGUCAAUCGCGUACUCUCUCGAAACCCACAAAACCCUAAACCCUCAAUUUCUAGUAACCCUAACUCUCCUGAUUUCCAGAAUUCUCUUCGCUACGCAAUCCGCAUUCUCUCCAGCAGAUUAACCCCUUCGAUUGCCCCUGAUGCCGCUGCAAUCGCUGAAUCAAUCAAGCGUGGUCUUGCCACUCAAGGUAAAUCCUCUCAAGCUCUCAAUUUUGCUGAGUUAUACAACAAAUUUGCAUCGAAAACGGGUCCGGGAAGUAUUAAUAACAAAUGGGCAGUUCUUUAUUUGCUUAAAAUAAUUUCUGAAGAUACAAAAGUUGCACAAAAUGCUCCAAAUUCAACGCUUUUGUUUCCUAAUUUGGGGUUAAAUGAGCUUGAUUUGAGUAAUGAAUCGCGGGGUUCACGUAAUUUCAAGAGAGGGGAAAAGGGUUACGAUAAUGGUGUUUUGUUGGUUAGUAAAGAUCCGGAAAAUUUGCGUGAAAUCGCGUUUAGAGAGUUUGUUAAUUUGGUUAAAGAGGAAAAUGAGGUGUCUGAAGAGGUUUUAGUGAGAGAUGUGCUAUAUGCUUGUCAAGGGAUUGAUGGGAAAUAUGUGAAGUUUGAUGCAAACGUUGAUGGGUAUGCUUUAUCAGAUUUAAUUAAGGUUCCUAGAGCUACAAGGGUAUUGGUGCGGAAGUUGUGUGAAUUGGGGUGGUUGUUUAGGAAAGUUAAAGGGUAUAUUUCAGAGAGUAUGGAUCGGUUUCCAGCUGAAGAUGUGGGAACUGUAGGGCAGGCAUUUUGUGCUGCGUUACAGGAUGAGCUUUCAGAUUAUUAUAAGUUGUUGGCUGUGCUUGAAACACAGGCGAUGAAUCCAAUUCCAUUGGUUUCGGAGACAGCUAGUUCGGGUAAUUAUUUGUCAUUGAGAAGGUUGUCGGUUUGGUUUGCUGAGCCAAUAGUGAAAAUGAGGUUAAUGGCUGUUUUGGUUGAUAAGUGCAGAGUUUUGAGGGGUGGGGCAAUGGCUGGGGCUAUACAUCUGCAUGCCCAGCAUGGCAAUCCAUUGGUGCACGAGUUCAUGAGGAGUUUACUGCAGCGUGUGUGUUCGCCACUUUUUGAAAUGGUUAGGAGUUGGGUUUUGGAAGGGGAGUUGGAAGAUAUUUUUUCUGAGUUCUUUGUUGUGGGUCAGCCAGUGAAAGCUGAGUCACUUUGGAGGGAGGGUUACAGGCUACAUGCUGGGAUGCUUCCUUCAUUUAUUUCACAACCCCUUGCUCAGCGCAUUUUAAGGACUGGGAAGUCAAUAAAUUUUCUUCGUGUCUGUUGCGAUGAUCGUGGCUGGGCUGAUGCUGCAACAGAGGCUGCUGCUGCUGCUGGGACCACAACUAGAAGAGGGAGUCUUGGAUAUGGUGAAACUGAUGCACUUGAAACUCUGGUUGUUGAAGCAGCAAAGAGAAUUGAUAAACAUCUAUUGGAUGUUAUGUACACGAGGUAUAAAUUCAAAGAACACUGCCUUGCAAUCAAGCGUUAUUUGCUUCUGGGACAAGGUGAUUUUGUUCAGUAUUUAAUGGAUAUUGUUGGGCAGGAACUUUCUGAGCCUGCUAAUACAAUUAGUUCAUUCCAGUUGGCAGGGUUGCUGGAAAGUGCUAUUCGGUCAUCUAAUGCUCAAUAUGAUGAUCCUGACAUAUUAGAUAGGUUGAGGGUGAAGAUGAUGCCGCAUGGAACUGGAGAUAGGGGCUGGGAUGUAUUCUCAUUGGAAUAUGAUGCCAGAAUACCAUUAGACACAGUGUUUACAGAAUCUGUUAUGGCAAGGUAUUUAAGAAUUUUUAAUUUCCUGUGGAAGCUGAGGCGAGUAGAGCAUGCACUUAUUGGUGCGUGGAAGACAAUGAAACCUAAUUGUAUUACUUCUCAUUCUUUCACCAAGCUGCAGCAUGUAGUCAAGUUGCAGUUACUUUCAACAUUGAGACGAUGCCAGGUCCUUUGGAAUCAGAUGAAUCAUUUUGUCACAAACUUGCAAUAUUAUAUCAUGUUUGAAGUUUUGGAGGUUUCAUGGUCUAACUUCUCAAAUGAGAUGGAAGUAGCAAGGGAUCUUGAUGAUCUACUUGCAGCACAUGAUAAGUAUCUCCGUUCAAUUGUAGAGAAAUCUCUUCUUGGUGAACGAUCCCUAUCCCUAUACAAGUCACUCUUUGCCUUAUUCGACCUUAUAUUACGUUUCAGAAGUCAUGCAGAUCGGUUGUAUGAAGGAAUUUACGAUUUACAAGCAAGAACCAGGGCAUCCUCGUUAUCCUCUCAAGACAAGAAACAAUCACGGAGGCAGACAAGAGAUAAAUCUUCAGAGGUUGGAUCAUGGCUUAUUGAUGGUAGGAAGGCCCUAGAACAACGUGCUGGUGAAUUUCUUCAAAAUACGGGGCAGGAACUGGAAGCAAUAUCUAAAGAAUAUACAGUGUUGCUUGAAGGUUUCUUGUCUCAGUUGCCUGUGCAGCAGCAUGUUGAUUUGAAAUUCCUCUUCUUUCGGCUUCACUUCACUGAAUUUUAUAGUCGGUUGCAUCCUGGCACAUAG